AACAUAAGGUUGACGGAAACCCGGGGACUGCGCCUACCUGAUGAGCCCCAAAAAGGGAGAAACCGGUCGUGGGCUGUCGAUAGAUUUUCAGCAACUUUACAAAAGAUCAUCGGUAUAAUCUGCGUUGCUUUGGCCGGUCGAGGUUACAAUGAGGCAUUUCUCCAAUACCUGAUCACAAUCGCCGCCCUGUUCUCUUUGGGAGACAUCGCAUUUCUCUUCGUAUACGGAUUUGCCACUUCUCGACCUAUCGACGGAUGGUCAAUUACGAAGAUUAUUGAGACUGUUUAUCAGAUGCUGGCCGCGUUGCUGUACUGCAUUGGUCUCGGAAGCACAGUGAACUCUGCGGAAUACCUGCAACCAUUUAUUGGCCCUCUAACGGUCUUCAUCAGUUUGAACAUGGGAACCUAUAUUUUCGGAAGUAUGGUGGCCUUGACAGAAUUGAUAUGUCGGCCACCAGAACCGGUCGUACAAGUACAACAUCCACAACCCACACUGCCUCCGCUGCCAAGACAAACUUCCACAGUGGUCGAGGGAGACAAGCAGAUCGAUGGUAUCACGUCAGGAUUCUAGGUUAACGAUUUUCUGUCCACGAUGUUUCCCACCUAACCUCACCCCUGUCCCCCUAACUUGAGUUGUUUGAAAAUGGACAUAUUGCGGUGGAAAGGAUGUCUGAAAAUCGCUUUUUUCUUUAUUUUACGGGAAAUGUACACAACCACCUCUCUUUAAAAAAUACAGAUCUCUCGGAG